AUGGGCAAGCAACCCCAUGUUCUUGUUAUUCCAUAUCCAGCACAAGGCCAUGUGACACCUCUUCUGAAACUAGCAACAAAGAUUGCUGAACAAGGCAUCAAGGUGACCUUUGUUAACACAGAGCAGAUCGCGGCGAAAGUCAUGGCUACAAUGCCGGAGGAAUCUGAGGGGGAGAGUCUGAUCAAGUUUGUUUCGAUUUCGGAUGGAAUUCAACAAGAGGAUGAUAUGAAGGAUUUUUACAAGUAUACAAAUAUCUUGUUAAGAGAUAUGCCAGGUAAGUUGGAGUACUUGAUUGAGAAGGUUAACCAGUCAAGUGACAGUGAGCAGAUUUCAUGUAUCGUUGCUGAUAUAUUUGCCGGAUGGGCAGUUGAAACUGCUUGGAAUAUGGGGAUUCCGAGGGCUGCGGUUGUACCUUAUGGACCGGCGACCUUAGCCCUUUCGUAUCAUUUUUCGAAGCUAACUCUAGAUUCUGAUGGAAAUGCAAUGAAUGAUGGGAUGAUCUCAAUAUCAGAAGAAAGUCUUCCAUGGAGAAGAAAUGAAUUGCCAUGGAGCUUCCCGUUGGACCAAAAGAUGCAAAAGCUUCUCUUUGAAGCUAUGUGUACAGUUGAGCAAAUUAUCAAAAUUUCCAACUGGGUUCUUUCCAAUUCAUUUUAUGAACUUGAUUCAACAUCCUGUGACUUGGUACCCAAGUUGCUACCCAUCGGUCCAUUACUUGCCCUUAAUAAUUCAAGGCAUUUGGCUGGAAGCUUUUGGCCUGAGGACUCAACUUGCUUAAGCUGGCUUGAUGAACAACCAUUAGGAUCAGUCAUUUAUGUUGCAUUGGGCAGCACAGGGACCAUAAAUCAGCAGCAAUUUGAUGAACUAGCUCUUGGUCUUGAAUCCUCAGGCCAACCGUUUCUCUGGGUUGUUCGAUCUGACCUCAUGAUUGGGUCGGAUGCUCAAUUCCCAGGAGCGUUCAAAGAGCAAAUUGCAGGUCGAGGAAAGAUGGUCGAAUGGGCACCUCAAGAGAAGGUGUUAGCUCAUCGUUCAGUUGCUUGCUUUGUAAGUCAUUGCGGAUGGAAUUCGACCUUAGAGGGAUUAAGCAUGGGAGUACCAUUUCUCUGUUGGCCCUUCUUUGUGGAUCAAAUUCAGAACAAGAAUUAUGUUUGCGAAGCUUGGAAGAUUGGUUUUGAAUUAACCCGAGACGAGAAUGGGAUUGUUACAAGGCAUGAAAUAGAAACAAAGGUCAGAAAAUUGCUCAAUGAUGAAAGCAUCAAAGGAAAUGCAUUGAAGCUGAAAGAGAUGGCCAAAAGGAGUCUUGCCGAAGGCGGAUCAUCAUUUGAAAACUUCGAGAGAUUUAUGGUUCAAAUGAAGUCUAGUUAA